UUCUGAAGCACCGGAAGCUACGCAGGCCAUCUUUUGACAUCAUUUGGCGCUUGGACGUGGUUGCGCACUCGAGCUGAACGACUUGCAGCAUUACACCAAGACGCAACUGGACCAGUUGGCCGAGGCCCAAUAAGAUCAAGGGGCGGGGUUGUUCACCCACGUCACUGACUAAAGGCCGCCUUAGUUUCUACAUACUUGAGUCGCCAAGUGUCUUAGGCAGGCUGCCCCUCUUAGCUCGCAAUGGUUCGCCUUAUCCCCUCGCGGUUGAAACCACCCACGAGCUCUGCUACUUCGACAACCAACAGUCGCAGUACCAGUCCAAUGCGAUCCACCAUCGAACAAGUAGGCCCAAAUGGGCGAAAGGACACAGGGUUGGUCCUGAAGAUUGUGGUGCUUCGAGCGAAGAACUUGGCCGCGAAAGAUCGUGGAGGCACCUCAGACCCGUACCUCCAAUUAACGUGCGGCGAAACCAAGUUCGUAACCCACUGCGUCCCGAAGUCACUGGAUCCUGAAUGGAACGUCGUCUGCACCAUGCCCAUCGUGGGCGUGCAGAGCCUGCUUGUCGAUGCCGUUUGCUGGGACAAGGACAGAUUCAAGAAGGACUACAUGGGCGAAUUCGACUUAGCUCUCGAGGAGAUUUUUGCCAACGAAAUUCUUGAACAGGAACCCAAAUGGUACCCCCUAAAGAGCAAGCGGCCUGGCAAGAAGUCCAGCGUCGUUUCGGGAGAGGUCUUACUCCAAUUCACCAUAUUCGACUCUACCGACAAGGACGCGACGGCCGCCCAGGUAUUUGAGAAGAUACGUACUCUGGCAGGAGAAUCAUACGGCGGUUCGCGCAACGCGACACCCACAAGGACUCCAAUUCUCGGCCCGAUGAGUUCCAAAUCAUCUGCGUAUUCGCCGUCGCCCCCGCUGAUGCGGAGCGGCACCGACAACUCACAAGACGACGACGACGACGACGAGAUGCUCGACGAUGACGAAACCCCCGAAGAAGAUGACCCGAGCAAGCCCGAAACCAUUGAGAAACGCAAGAGGAGACUGAGAAUAAAAGGGCUGAAACGUAAGAAGAGACAGAAUCCUUACGAAUUCACCAAUGGCGACAGCGACGUCGUUGGUCUCAUCUUCCUCGAGAUCUGUAACAUCACCGACUUGCCCCCCGAGUCCAACUUUACCAAGACGAGCUUUGACAUGGACCCCUUUGUUGUGGCAUCGCUCGGCAAGAAGACAUAUCGCACGAGGGUCAUUCGUCACAAUCUGAAUCCCGUUUUCAACGAAAAGAUGAUCUUCCAGGUCUUGAGCCACGAGCAGUCUUACUCCUUUGCCUUCACAGUCAUUGAUCGCGACAAGUACUCUGGCAAUGAUUUUAUUGCCUCGACCUCUUUCCCGCUCAAGGAACUGAUGGAUAAGACGCCUAAAGCUGAUCCCGAAACUGGCCUGUAUGAUCUCAAAGAUCCCCCCGGAAUUGACAUGCCUACCAAAAAGUCGCGAUUCGCAAAGCUUGGCAUGUCCAGGUCUUCUUCUUCCACCAGCUUGAACAAAGGGCGACCAGUCAUCUCGAAGAAUCCUAGCAGCAUCUCGAACAUGUCACAAGCUGAUGGCUUGGCGGCUGGUGGUCCUUCGUCUGCCACCAAUCCCAACUUGCUACAAGCCGAUCAAAUCCCUAACCUUAAUAGCGGUUCCAUGGGUAACGGGGACAACGGUGAAGCCGGAAACGAUGAUCCUGACUUCAACAGCUUCACUGUUCCGCUCAAGAUGAAGAACCUGGAGAAAUGGGAAGCAAAGCAUAACCCACAGCUUUCUAUUCGUGCCAAGUAUAUGCCCUAUUCCGCCUUGAGACAACAAUUUUGGCGGUCUAUGCUCAAGCAGUACGACACGGAUGAGAGUGGCGAGCUAAGCAAGGUUGAAUUAACCACUAUGCUUGAUACCCUCGGUUCGACCCUGCGCGAGUCUACCAUCGAUAGCUUCUUCCAACGCUUCCCGCACAAGGCAGCAAAUGGCGAAGACAAUCUAACCCUGGAUGAGGCAGUCAUAUGCUUGGAGGAUCAACUACAAGCUAAGAACAAAUAUCAAAGCCAGGUCCUCGGUGACAAGAUAAAGAGCAUACUUCCAGAUGCGGACAAGGUGAAAACUAUGCUGGGCGCUCCAGGUCACAGCUCUAGCAACCUGACGACGCCUGCCGAAACGCCUGCCGAAGAACAGCCUUUCAUCCUCAGCGCUGACGACACCACAGUUCAGGGCCAACCGUGUGGAACGUCAACUAUUGUUGUCCCUGAGAUGAACACCCCAGGGGAAGAAGGCGAUAGCCUGGAUAAGGACGAUCUCAACAUCGACAGAGGCGAAGAGCAUGUUGUCGAGAUUCGAGAAUGUCCCAUCUGUCAUCAGCCACGCCUUAACAAGCGCAAGGAUACUGACAUAAUAACUCACAUUGCGACCUGCGCCAGCCAGGAUUGGCGUCAAGUUAACUCUCUUAUGAUGGGUGGUUUCGUGACGGCCAGCCAAGCCCAGAGGAAGUGGUACUCCAAGGUUAUCACCAAGAUCUCCUAUGGUGGCUACAAACUGGGGGCUAACUCAGCAAACAUCCUCGUGCAAGACCGUAUUACCGGACAGAUCAAUGAGGAGAAGAUGAGUGUGUAUGUUCGCCUCGGAAUUAGACUGCUUUACAAGGGGCUGAAGUCCAAGGAUAUGGAAAACAAGAGAAUCCGUAAGAUGCUCAAGAGUAUGAGUGUUAAGCAGGGUAAGAAGUUUGAUGAUCCGGCCUCGAAGGGCGACAUUCCCAAGUUUAUCGAGUUUCACAACCUCGACAUGUCUGAAGUUCUCCUCCCGCUGGAGGAGUUCAAGAAUUUCAACGAGUUUUUCUAUCGCGCACUAAAGCCAGGAGCCAGACCGUGCUCCGCUCCAGACAACCCCAACAUCUUCGUUUCCCCAGCGGAUUGUCGGUCGGUUGUCUUCAAUCGCAUCGACCAGGCAACGAAAAUCUGGAUCAAGGGCCGCGACUUUUCCGUCAAGAGACUCUUAGGUGACGCGUAUCCGGAGGAUGCUCAGCGUUAUGACAACGGAGCUCUAGGUAUCUUCCGGCUAGCACCGCAAGACUAUCAUCGCUUCCACAUCCCAGUUGAUGGGAUCCUGCGUGAACCCAAGCUCAUUGCUGGCGAGUACUAUACGGUCAAUCCCAUGGCAAUUCGCUCGGCCCUCGAUGUUUACAGUGAAAAUAUUCGGGUGCUGUGUCCGAUCGAUACAGUUGAACACGGUCGCGUCAUGGUUGUCUGUGUUGGUGCGAUGAUGGUCGGCAGCACUGUCAUCACUCGCAAUGACGGCGAUGAGGUAAAACGGGCUGAGGAACUCGGAUAUUUCAAGUUUGGUGGCAGCACCAUUGUGCUGCUUUUCGAAGAGGGUAAGAUGGUAUUCGACGAUGACUUGGUCGACAACUCGAGAGGUGCACUCGAGACUUUAGUAAGUCUGUCCCCUCCACAAGAAGCAUAUGUACGCUGCCAUCGGAGCACCCGACAGAAUCAACAGUGAAAACUGUUGAUCGCAUUGGCUCGCAACUUAUACGCGUAACCCGGGAAGCAUGCGUAGGCCUUUAGCC